AUGAAGUGUUGUGGACUUUUUACACGAUCUGUGAACAAAACGAAAACUACUAUUGAUUUAAAUGAUCGUUGUAUUGGUUGUCUACUAUGUCACAUGAUCGGUGAUCAGCUAGGUGCUGGCGUCGAGGGUUACUCAGCUGCCAAAAUUAAAAGUGAAUAUGGAACUCUGUGUGACGAUGUCGCAGCUCCACAUAUGGGUGUGGAGGAACUUGGUCCUCGUAUUCAUAUGUAUACGGACGAUACAAACUCCAUGCUUGCACUAGCGCAUAGUCUUGUUACAAAUAGAGGUUUGAAGCCGAAGCAUGCAGCCCAAUCCUAUGCUCAAUUUUGGUCGACUGGAGUUAAACGAGGUUAUCCUGAAUCAGCUCAAGCAAGUAUGCAGUGUGUACUCGAUGGCCAGAUAGAUUACCGUGAGUGUGGACGCAUAAACUUUCCCGAUGGAUCAUUUGCCAAUGGUGGAGCGGUGCGAAUAGCUCCUAUUGCUCUUUCAUUUCGCAAUGCAUCUGACAGCCAACUCUACGAAGCUGUUCGCAUGGCUAUCAUCUCUUCGCACGUACAUCCUGAAAGUAUAGAUGGAGCUUUUGUUUUAGCUAAAGCCAUUAUCUUGGCUCUUCGCUGUAAUUCGGUGGAAUCGUUUGAUCCUUUGAAAUAUUUUCGUGUUCUAAAGACGAUAGCACGAACGAGAACCAUGAAAAAUCAAAUUAAAUUAUUAAUUGGGCUCCAUACUGCACAAUCUAAGAAAACUAGUGCAAAUAUACAAAAGACAGACAUCGAUGUAGUACAAGCAUUGGGGAACACAUUUCAACUGAAAGCUAUCGAAGCUGUGCCAUGUGCCUUGUGGAUUGUAUGCACAGGUUAUCGUGAACCUGAAGAAUGUCUUGUUCGCGGUGUGAAUAUGGGUGGUGAUACUGACACAGUGGCAGCUAUAAUCGGAGAUAUUAUUGGAGCUUUGCACGGCUGGAAAUGGAUUCCUGCUCGAUGGAUUUUCAAUCUUAAUAAACGAUUUAAUAAUUUUCUUAAUGAUUCAAAUUUUCUAAUUAAAAUCAAUAUUUUACCAAUGUCAAAAUCAAAUUUUGAAUCCUAUAAGAAAAAUAUUGUUACACCAAAUAGACAGCGCAUUAAUAUAUUUCGUUUAUCGAAUCAAUUUAUUGCUGAAAAUAUUUUUUCAUCACCAAAUAUUAUUUUACGAUUUAUUAAUCUUGAAAUAUUGAUUCUUGAAAAUAUCGAUGCCAAAUAUCUUGAUAAAAUUAUUAAUUAUUUAAUAGAUUUACCUAAAUUUCAUUCAUUAAAUCUUUCUAUUGUUGAUUAUAUUCAAACAUUAGAUCUUUUUGUUCAAAUAUUUCGUUUAUCGAGAUUAAAAUAUUGUAAAAUUAUUUAUCAAAGAAAAAUUAUUCAACAAUCAUCAUCUAUCAAACGUAAUAAAUAUAGUCGAAGUCCUAUUCAAUGUUUAAUAAUAAAUGGUGAUUUUCCAUUGAAAAUUUUACGUCUGACAACAUUUUUUGAUGAAGCAUAUUUAAAUGCUAAACGAUGGGAAGAAUUAAUAUUAUCUUCUAUGCCAAAUUUACGCAUAUUUGAUAUAUAUCAUGAAGGUUCUAUACGAAAUAAUGAUUUAACAUAUCAUGACAUAAUAAAUCAAUUUAAUUCAUCAUUUUGCAGAAAAGAUUUUACAUUUUAUUGGAAAUCAGCUAAACAAAUUUGUUCAAAUAUUUCAGAAAUGAAUUUUAAUUCUGUUAACCAUCUUUAUGUCUAUGGUGAAUAUGCAACACAAAAUGAUAUAAAUUAUUUUCCAAAUGUAACUCAAUUGGCUAUUCAACAUUAUUUUGAAGCAUUAGAUAAUUCAAUUAUAAAAAUUCUGAAUCGUAUGAUUCCAUUAAAACAACUUACUAAAUUAGUCACGGAACAUUUUAAUUUUUCAUUUGAAGAACUUGUGAAAUUCUUACCUUCUACACCUAAUUUAUGUACGUUAAAAUUAAAUUAUUUAUCUGUGAAAAACAUCAAUUUAAAUUUAAUCAAAGAAAGUAAAAUUUUUCAAUACGUAUCAAAUACAAAUAAAAUUAAAAAUCUAGAUUUUCGUGAUUGUGAUUCAUUGAAUCAAGUUCAAUUGAUUGUUAAUUUAUUUCCACGAUUAGAGUCUCUUAAAAUUGGAAUGAAUAAAAAAGAGAUCGAACAAAUAAUUAAAUUUUUAUUAUCAAAAUCUAAUAUUAAAACACAACAUUUAUUCUUAUUAUGCAUUUCAAACGUAGCGAGAAUAUAUCCAAAACGAUUAAAAGUUUUUAUUAAAUCAGAAAGUUUACUUCAAGAUUAUCGUGUCGAAUAUCUUAAUGAAGAUUUAUAUUUGUGGUGGUAA